UUUGACAUUGGUCCCCUCAUUGGAGGAGGAUCUUUCCUUUGCGAUUGCACCAUAGCCAACAAUGGAUAUUCUCUUUCCACUUCUGACGUACUGAUGGAUACGGGAGCAGACGGGUACAUAUUGAGAGGUGUCGCGGACUACCGAGGCAAGUCCACCCAAGAGAUCAACCAGCUCGUAAGGGAUCAUCUCCGAAUUCAAGGACGAACUGUACACAACGAAUGGAUGAUCGUCCUGGAAAUGAAGCAUGACCUGCUCAUCGGGAAGAACUGGUUCGCUCACCACGACGUGUGGCUCGACUGUGCGAAACAACGCUUGAUGUUCCCCUCCGAUUGGGAUGUCGACCCUGGCUUCUAG